AUGACGCCAACAACACCUCCUACAAACAAAGGAUAUGGAGCCCGUCAUACAUUUACCAUUCUUUCCUUCAUAGGAUACUUCCAUUUAUAUGCCUUGCGGUUUAACAUUAGUAUCGCUAUAGUGGCCAUGGUUAACCAUACAGACACCCAUCUGGAUAGAAACGACACCCAGAUAUCCGAAUGUCCGGACCAUGGAAUCAACAAGACAACGAAAACAUCGAACCAGGCUACUUAUGAUUGGGACGAAGCCACCCAAGGAAUGAUAUUGAGCUCCUUCUUUUACGGAUAUGCACUCACACAAAUACCCGGUGGAUUUCUGGCUGAGAAGAUCGGAGGGAAGAGAUUGUUUGGAUAUGGUAUCCUCAUCACUGCCAUACUUAGUCUCCUGACUCCCCUCUCCGCUAAAGUCGGAACUUGGGCAGUGAUGGUCGUACGCAUCUUAAUGGGACUGGCAGAGGGUGUUACCAUACCUGCUCUCUCGUCUAUGCAAGGGAAAUGGCUGCCUAAGUUGGAAAGAACGCUUUUAUCAAACGUAGCGAAUGCAGGUGCUCAUUUCGGCAACGUGAUUUGUCUACCUAUAGCCGGCUACCUCAGCUAUUCUGAUGAACUUGGUGGCUGGCCGUCUGGAUUCUACAUAUUUGGUGGAGUGGCAAUAAUAUGGUUCUUCUUCUGGCAUUUCCUGAUAUUUGAAUCCCCUGCGGUACAUACACGUAUUUCAAAAGUGGAGAAGCAGUACAUCGAGAGUACAACCGGCGUCCGACACAAUAAGAGCUACCCGACUCCAUGGAAGGCGAUCCUGACGUCAUCAGCCAUGUGGGCCAUUAUUCUUACAGCGUUCCUACAAACCUGGGGUAUCUACGUCACCCAUACAACGUUGCCCAGAUACAUGCACAACAUACAGAAGUUUGACAUCGCACAGGAUGGUCUACUCAUGGCGCUACCGAACUUGUUCAACAUAUUCGCAAGUGUUGUUGGAAGUUGGUUUGCAGAUUUCUUACUGAGGAAACAAUGGAUGUCAACUUCGACGGUACGGAAAGUGCUGAACACACUAGGAUUACUUCCGGCGGCGUUAUGCUUGCCUUUCAUUUCUCUUGCGGGAUGUGACCACGUGACUGUUGUUGCACUCAUCAUUUUUGGAAAUGGCAUGUUAGGUGUGUGUGGCUCCGGAAUUUGGGUGAACAUCCUUGAUAUCGGCAACAACUUCUCUGGGUUGACAAUGGGCCUAGCAAACUUUGCUGCAAACCUAUCGGGGGUUAUAUCUCCCUACUUUGUCGGCCUGAUGACCAAUAAUAACGAAACUAUGAAGCAGUGGAAUUUGAUUUUCUACGUGUCGAUGGCAUUCUAUCUCCUUGGGGUCCUUAUCUUUAUUGUGUUUGCGAGAGGGUCAGAACAACCGUGGAAUCGCCUACCGCAGGAGAAAACAGAAAUUGGCGACAUCGAAAGGAAAGACGACAAUGCGCAAGACCGGGAGUUAAUUCAAUAGACACGAGAAAAUUGAGUGAACAUCAAUAAAUGUAAAAAAAAAACAAAAAAAAAAACAAAAAGCAAAAAAAAAAAAAAAAAAUCAAAAAAAAAUCGAUACCCGCCAAUUAGGUCCGACUGGACAACCCGCGAAAGAUUAACCCAUUAAAAACAAUUACACGAUAUGUUUUCACUUUCAGUGAACUAAUCAUACAUAACUAUGUAACUAUGUUAUCAUAAUCAAAACAUUGUAUAUCAAUGGGCUAAACAGACUAGCCAUUUUCCUACGUAUCAUCGUGUUUUUCUCUAACCUUAACAUACUUUGUUAUCGUCCACAUCAUGCUUUUAUUUGGAAAUAGUCUAUACCCUUGUACGCCAUAAAGUCACAUAUGUUCCAUGUUUGUUGAUACCAACGGUGCUUCCGUCACCACAGCCCCGACAGUUGUAAUCCUGGGGUUGUGUCUUAAGAAGGAUUGCAGAUGUCGUCGAUGACGCAGAAGACGGUUAUCCUUGCAGAACACGUGGUUUGAUUCUCCUUUUCCCUACUUCCUUGAUGUUUAUAUAUUUGAUUAAACGUAUACCUUUGUUUUAUUGAUUUUGAUUAUUUUAAGUGGAUGUUAACAAAUCAAUGUUACAUGGCCAGAUUUGUUAUGACAUUUCCAUCGCUUGUUUGGUCGGUAGAUAUAAAUCGUGUAUUGAGUGUAUAUAAUUAAGUAAUAUCAAUAUACUAUCAUAUAAAGUUCAAACGUCUCCGAAGACUGGACAACAUCGAAUGGAUUAAAGCAAUUCAACAUUCCAAUAUAAGAUUAAAAUAUG